AUGGGAACAAAUUUGUACGGACGAUUUUAUUGUCCCGGACGGCCGUUGGAUAUGGGCGUUCGUGAAGAGAUCAUCCGACUUUUUCAACAGAAUAUGAAAGUCAAUCAGAUUUCAAAAAUUUUAAAAAUUUCACACGGAUGUGUCUCUAAAAUUAUCAAAAGGUAUAAACUUACCGGCAAUGUUAGCCCAGCAUCCAGCCCAGAACAACGUCGUCCAAGGCGGACCAAGAAAUCUGUAGUUUCAACGGCGGCAGGUGCACCAAAGACAUCCGUAUCUGAAGGUGGUAAUAGCGAAAGUUGUUUAAAAUCAAUGCCCUAUCAGCAGUAUUCGUUACAAAAAAGUUAUUCAUUUCAAUAG